GGGAGACGGGGCAGAGGCGCGGCGGCCCCGCUGGCUGGCAGUGGCCGCGGGGGGGAGCGGAAGGCGGAGGCACCCCUUGGCCGGCGGCGGCGCCCCCCGCCCCGGUUUUGCUUUCCCUUUGGGCGCCACCUCCCCCGGCGGGCGGCGGGCUUGAGAGAGAGAGAAGCACUUAUUUAUUUAUUUGUUUCCCCAAAGGGCGAAGGGAGGGGAGAGGGAAGACCGAAGACCUGCGCGGGGAGGACGCGCCAGCUGGCGGAGAGCAGGGCGCGGAGGCAGCCCCGUCACGAGAGGAGGCGGCGGCGGGGAGGAGGAGGAGGAGGAGGAGAAGCCGGCGCGGAGCCUCGCCUCGCCUCGCCUCGCUUCGCCUCACAGCCCCUCCGCCGUCACCGCCUCGCCGUCCCUGGCCGCCGGAGGUACCGGCGGCCGCCCGUCCUCAUGAUGGCCUCAACCACCACCUGCACCCGGUUCACCGACGAGUACCAGCUCUUCGAGGAGCUCGGGAAAGGGGCGUUCUCCGUCGUCAGAAGAUGUAUGAAAAUCACCACAGGACAAGAGUAUGCGGCCAAAAUUAUCAACACCAAAAAGCUUUCAGCUAGGGAUCACCAGAAACUGGAAAGAGAAGCUAGAAUCUGUCGCCUCUUGAAGCAUCCCAAUAUUGUGCGGCUUCAUGACAGCAUAUCAGAAGAAGGAUUCCAUUACUUAGUCUUUGACUUAGUCACUGGAGGUGAAUUGUUUGAAGAUAUAGUUGCAAGAGAAUAUUAUAGUGAAGCAGAUGCCAGUCAUUGCAUUCAGCAGAUCCUGGAGGCUGUGCUACACUGCCAUCAGAUGGGCGUUGUCCAUCGCGACCUCAAGCCUGAGAACUUACUUUUAGCUAGCAAAUCCAAGGGAGCAGCAGUAAAACUGGCGGACUUUGGAUUGGCUAUAGAAGUCCAAGGAGAACAACAGGCUUGGUUUGGCUUUGCUGGUACUCCAGGAUACCUUUCUCCAGAGGUGUUACGAAAAGAUCCUUAUGGAAAACCUGUGGAUAUGUGGGCAUGUGGUGUCAUUCUGUAUAUCCUCCUGGUGGGAUAUCCUCCUUUCUGGGAUGAAGACCAGCACAGGCUUUACCAGCAGAUCAAGGCUGGUGCUUAUGAUUUUCCCUCACCAGAAUGGGAUACAGUGACUCCUGAAGCAAAAGACCUUAUCAAUAAAAUGCUUACCAUCAACCCAGCAAAACGUAUCACAGCAUCAGAAGCACUAAAGCAUCCAUGGAUCUGUCAACGUUCUACUGUUGCCUCUAUGAUGCACAGGCAAGAGACUGUAGAUUGCUUGAAGAAAUUCAAUGCAAGAAGAAAACUAAAGGGGGCCAUUUUGACAACUAUGCUGGCUACCAGAAAUUUCUCAGCAGCGAAGAGUUUACUGAAAAAGCCGGAUGGAGUUAAGAAAAGGAAGUCCAGUUCGAGUGUUCAGAUGAUGAUAAACAACAAAACGAACGUGGUAACCAGCCCCAAGGAAAAUAUUCCUACCCCGGCGCUGGAGCCCCAAACUACAGUAAUCCACAACCCUGAUGGAAAUAAGGAGUCAACAGAGAGUUCCAAUACAACCAUUGAAGAUGAGGAUGUGAAAGCGGGCAAGUCCACGAAAAAUGCAAACUCAGAGAGUCAUUCGCUUGAGUCUGAGCUCUCCCACUCCACUCCUUCCUCUCUACUGUCUCGUAAGCAGGAGAUUAUCAAGGUUACUGAGCAGUUGAUUGAAGCUAUCAACAAUGGGGACUUUGAAGCUUACACAAAAAUCUGUGAUCCGGGCCUUACAUCUUUUGAGCCUGAAGCUUUGGGUAAUCUAGUAGAAGGGAUGGACUUUCACCGGUUUUACUUUGAAAAUGCUUUAUCCAAAAGUAAUAAGCCAAUCCACACCAUUAUCCUCAAUCCUCAUGUCCACCUUGUGGGUGACGACGCUGCUUGCAUUGCAUAUAUACGGCUCACACAGUACAUGGAUGGAAGUGGGAUGCCAAAGACUAUGCAGUCAGAGGAAACACGGGUCUGGCACCGUCGUGAUGGGAAGUGGCAGAACGUUCAUUUUCACCGUUCAGGGUCACCAACAGUACCUAUCAAUGCCUAGCACAGCGGGAUCCCAAUCAUGACUUCGGCCCCUAGAUGCUACGCUAAAAAUAUCAGCGGUGCCGCUCUUGCAUUUUCUGUACCCAACGCACCUGGUUGAUUACCAUCUUGGCCAUCCCGUUCUCUUCAUGCAUGUUUCUGAGUGCAUGAAGUUGUGAAGGUUCUUCAUGUAACACAUUUGUGAUGCACCAUGUUGCUGUAUAUUCCAUCUGUACACUGUUAACAUUUCAAUGAAGGUAAUGUUCCAUGCAAAUAGAGAACAACAAGGCAUAAAAGACAAAAAAAAUAUUUGCUGGACAGCAGUAGAUACAGAAUACAUUUGUCACUUUCUCCAUUUAUGCCAAGUUUUGACAGACAACUUUAAAAAUUAUCCUGUUUAUUAAAAAAAAAAAAGAAAAAAAAAGUACAUUUUACCCUCUUUUUUUAAGAACUGUUUUUUGACUCCUCCUUUUCCCCUGAGUCCCAGGGUUUUGCUUUGGUUCUGGUAGGAAUGGUUAGGAUUUCCGCUGGCAGCUCCAUUGCUGUAAAACAGAUUUUUAUUAUAGCAUGUAGAUGGACGAAAUCACUGAUAAAUGUGGAAGUGAUAAUAUCUUGGCUUUGUACCAGCUGAAGCCUUCUUAGUUUAUUAGUCUGUGUAAACUGGAAAACUCUCAUCAUUUGCUGGCUUCGUCAAUUCAGAAUUAACUGUCAAUGUUCCGGUGAGCCAGCAGCUUCUUUUUUUUCUUUUGAGUCUUUACCUUUGCUUUCUUACUAUGCUAAUUGAAAAUUUCUGUUGGAUGAUUAAGCAAAAUGAAAAAUUGUAGGGAACUAACUGAUGAUUGAGGAGCAGGUUUUGAGGAUUAAGAUGAGAGAAUAGAGAAAGAUUUUUAAUCGCUUUUAGGUGUACUGUAAAUUUUUUAAGGAGGCUUUAAAAAAUACGGAAUUUUGGUUCAGCUAUAGACCAGUUGUGUGGUUAAUAUACUCGAGAAAUAUUAGGCCUUAAAAGCUUAGUAUGAAGAGUUUACUUACUUUACACUGCUGCUGUUGCUUCUCUGGAAAUGUAUUAUGGAUACACCGGUUUUCUAAUAAGAUUGUAACACUUUACCACAGAUUUGUUUCUCCCCUCUCUUCCCCCUCAAUCUGCUCUUGGUUUCUUAAAAUCCUUGUGCAGCGUACAGUAUCAAGGACAGCAGUCUUCGCAGCAUUACCAACUUGGUUUGGCCCCUCAUCCGUUGCUGCGAACGCCUGUACGCUGCCCAGGGAAUGCUCUCGGUGUCGGUUCAGAACACAAGCUUUGUAAUAGGGACUAUAUCUGCUUCCCUUAUGUUGCUGUGAAAAUACGUCCUUGCAAGCACUUAGGUUUGUUCCCUUCCUUUUUUAAUAGAAAAAUACAGGGAUCGGUUAUUUCUUUUUUUUCUUUUGUUAAUUGUUCUGUUACCAACAGGGCUAACUGUUUUCUGCAGCGCUGUAUAGUGCAUGAUAUCUCAAUCAAUAUCCUUUUUAGCGGUUAAAAAUUUACAACUCGGCAGCCUGGAGUUUUUAAAAUGGGAACCCUUCCUAAUUUGUAUCAUUUCACCUUUCUGUGUUGAUUACUAAUCAAAAGCAGUUCUUAAACAUUUUGAUGUUGUUACUAGUGGAUGUAUGGUAGAUGGAUUUAAGCUUCUCUGAUAAUUACUACAUGAUUUUAAACAAUAUAUAUUUAAAAUAAGCAUCUACAAUAAAUGUGUUGAGCCAUAUUAACCUGCCGAUGGGAUCUGUGAAAAAAGUAAUGGCCUCAUUUUUUUUCUCAAUAAUUUCUUUACUUUUUUUUGUGAAGCGGCUAUAAGUGGCAUAACUGUAUUUAAAAUUAACAAAUUAGGUGUAGGGUGGUUUUUUUUUUAUACUUUUAACAUAGCAUGUGGUGUUGACGUAUUACUGUAGACCAAGUUUGUCUUCCACACCAAGACGUGAGGAAAUUGUGAUUUGUUCUCUCCACCACAAUUGAAUUAUACACUUCUGUCAUUUUGGAACACUGCAGUUUACCAUGGGACACAGUGUACAUAUUUCUUGCCAUAAUGGUAAAUGAUUGAUAUAUUUAAGGAUUAAUAAAUUUGUGAUUUCUGCUGA